UCGGCGGGCAAUCUCGGGGUCCCCGAUCACCUACAAAGCCAGCUUCCUAAAGCAGACCUGUCCCGAAACAAUCUGCACUGGAACUCAUAGCACACUAUUUAUCACGGCCGCCUGUAUUUCAAUGUCGGACACAACGACUGCCCGCUGCACCGGCAGCUACGGGUCCGAAGGUUGGGUCUGAACCUCGACGAUACCCUCCAUCGGCAAGACGUCGACGCGCCCUGCCAACACGGAGAUGAAAGUGGUGUCGUCCUACAACGAGGUAACGCCAUUCCCUUCGGAGCCAAAGGUCAUAAACAUGCUCGCCCUUACUGUCACCGGGGGCAGCAUCUGGCAAGAUGAGAGGCCGACGACGACGGCGACGACGUCCUCCUCGACAGGUGGGGCGUGGGCACCGCGGCAGACCUGCAACGAGAUCCUGGUCGGUGCGGCGGCAGCGGUAGCCGGAGCCACGAAGCUUUUAAUCGUCUUAUUGGAGCCAGCCGCACCAUGUCUCACAGCACCACGGGCUAUUUUCACUGCGCCUAUAAAGGCUCCCUAUGCCGACCAGCAAGGGAGGCGUGUUUUGCUGUCGGGCCCGGCCUACCGCGCUGCCUUCUACUCUCCGGCCAGGGAGGACCACCAGGCACAAAACAAUUGGUUUACGGAAAAGUUCCUCCCAGCUGCGGGGGCGCACAUCAAGAAGAACUACUAUGGCGAUGUCGACAGAAACAAAAAAGGGAGAACCUACGAGCGAUACAACCAGAAGUACAUGGUCCAUGAGCUCAAGUUUUGCGAGAAGCUGCCGGUCCACCACGAAGGGAAGCAUAAAGGCAAGCCAUACGGAACAGAGAUCUAGGCGCCUUCAUUUCGUUUCUGGCAGGUCGAUCACGGGGUUGCCGGCAAAGGAUUUGUUAGGGUUGCCGUCGUUUUGUGCCUGGAAAUUGGCGAUGGAAGGUUAAGGCCACCAUGCGGGAAGGACACCGAUGCGCCUCUUUUUACUCAAAGGCGGGGUGCCGUUUGAUCGGAUCACGAGCGUGUAGCAAAAGGAUCCAUUUGGCAAUGUGGUUAUGGGACGUGUAGUAGUCCUCCUGCCCUCCAGCGCUAUGGUACGGUCGUAACAAAAGUAUAUUCCCAACCAUCCGU